GGUCCCACUGGUGAGGGGGAAACUGAGGCACACGUCGGUCUUGCCACCCAGCGCCAUGGUGGGGGCACCUUGGCUGGCUCCUGCCCGGGGGAUGGUGGUGGCCAUGGGACUGGCGGUGGCUGCAGUGUCGUGCGCAGCAAGAGGCACCGUGGGGUGGCGGGGAAUGGCACGGAGCCACGUGGAGAUGGCUGGCCCCAUUCCUCAUGCCGGGAUGUGCUCGGAUGGGAAUCCCUUCCUCCAGCACUGCGCCAUGGGGCACGGUGUGGGGCUGCCGCUCUCGGGGUCACCGCAGGCUGUGGUGUCCGGCGAGGCUCCCUGGCACCCUUCCCACUGCCAGGCGAGCGGGAUGCUCGGCAAUCCCGGCGGCAGUGGUGGGUCUGGCUGUGUGGGACCCCCACUCCAUUCCAGGAUGCCCCAUCCCAGGGCUGUCCCGCCGCCCCGCGGGCAGCGCUCUCCUGGCGAUGGCCCCAGCGUUGCCGGAUCCCUGGUUCCCCAGCAGGAAUUUGUCGGGCCAGCCUGGCUUUCCGCCCGCCGGGACGGCUUCCUCUUUUGCAACUAUUUAAGGUCAGCAGCCGAGCGCGUCCGCCGCAGUGGCCGAGCCAUGGAUCGCAUGGAGGUGACAGAGACCUUCGCUGGCAUCUCCCUUCCCGGCCACCUCCACACCCAGGACUCCCUCGCCUUCGCCACCACCUUCCCCUUCCGCCCCACCGACGUGGUCAUCGCCACUUACCCCAAAUCGGGCACCACCUGGAUGCAGGAGAUCCUGACGCUGCUGUUCAGCCGCGGGGAUGUCCUCCCUGCCAAGACCAUCCCCAACUGGGAGCGAGCGCCCUGGCUGGAGCAGAUCUACUUCAGGGAAGCGCUGCAGGACACAACUGCCCACCGGCUCAUCACCACCCACCUGCCCGCCCGCGUCUUGGCCCCCGCCCUGCAGCAGAGCAAAGCCAAGGUAAUCUACGUGGCCAGGAACCCCAAGGAUGUCGCUGUCUCCUUCUACCACUUCCACCACCUAGCCAAAUUCCUGCCCGACCCUGGCUCCUUCGACACCUUCCUCACACGGUUCCUCGAGGGCACAGUGCAUUACGGCUCCUGGUUCGACCAUGUCAAGGGCUGGCUGGGCCAGCGGCACCUCCUGGACAUCUUCUACGUCACCUACGAGGAGCUGCACCAGGACCUGCGCGGCACAGCGCAGCGCCUCAGCACCUUCCUGGGCUGCCCGCUGGGACCAGAGACGCUGGAAGCCCUGGAGCAGCACUGCAGCUUCGCCACCAUGCGGGACAACGCCAUGGUCAACUACUCCCUUAUCCCCUCCGAGAUCAUGGACCACAGCCAGGGACGCUUUAUGAGGAAAGGUGUGGUGGGUGACUGGCGCUACCACUUUACCCCCCUGCAAAACACCCUCUUCAACCGCCUCUACCAGGAGAAGAUGGGUGACUUGGAGCUGCCGGCACGCUGGCCCAUGGCCUGAGGGGCCAGCAGUGUCCUUGCCACUGCACAACACAACUGGCCCCCGUCCCUGGCCAAGCCCUGGUGCGGGGGGGGGGGCAUCCUCUGUGGGGAGCCCCUUGCACCCCCCCAUAUCUUUUUUGCGCCACAUGUCAUCCCGGGGCUGCAGUGGGGACAGGGAUCUGGCGGUGAGGGGUGGCUGCAUGACCCCUUGACGCAGGGAUGGGGGACUUUUUGGGUCCCACACUGCAGCCAUGCCCAUAGCCUUCCUCCCCCUGGGGUGGGCUGCGUGGCUGUGCACCCCCAACUUCUGCCCGGCCGCCCCAGGG